UCCAGCUUUUCCACCGAUUCUCGCGACAGUCACAUUGCUCAGCACGGCAAUCCUGUGGCUUCACAGCACGCAAGACUAUGCCCUCACAACAGCAAGAGGCACCUCUUCCCCCCGACUUUCUCUUCUGUUGGCCAUCUUUCGUCGCCUCAAUCGCUCGUUCCCGGCCCCGCGCGACAUGACCCACCCCGUCUUCUCACUCCGUCACGACCAGCACAAUGUCUUCCACAUGUCAGCUCCUGAUAUGGACUUGGACCUCCGUCGCGCUGCUUAGCUCGCUCACUGGAAUGCCUAUCGACCUGUUUUUUAUGUGCGUCCUUACGCUCUCCAUAUAUGUGCAGGCGUAUGAUAUGGGCCCGACUGUGUUUUUCUUUACGGCGGUGACUGUUUGUUCGUCGGAUCUUCUUGUAUAUAAUUGCGAUUUUGGGAAACCAGUGGUCAUUCUGGCGUACUUCUUCGCCCACUGUUUCCUUUGCUACGGUCUGCGAAACCUCAACUACUCGCCCACCGGCACGCGGACGGUAUGGUGGCCACUCGUCGUUACCAGCAUGAUCUUCUACCUGUGGAUCUACAAACCUUGGAGCCUGUAUCCCACACCUGCAUUCAUGCGUUCGAUGAGCGCCCACUGCACCGUCACUGGCAUUUAUUAUCUUUUUUGGAAAUUUUGGUACCUCACCUCCCGCCGGCUGCAGGCCGCCAUGGCUUUCUUCGGAAUCGUAAUACCCGACGUACCCGUGUUGAUUCUCACGGACGUCACCGACUCGAGCUGUAAAGUGUACUGGAACGCCAACACCAAACGCGGCUCGGGGGCGGUUACCCACAUUAUCGAGCUGAACGGAUUCUUGAUUGGAAGCUCCGCGGAGAAGGAGACGGCCGUGCAUAUCAUCGGAUUGAAGCCGGGGACGAACCAUAGACUGCGGGUGUGGGCUAGCACCUCCUUCAGACUCAAUGCGCCUUCCGAAGUCGUUCAAUUUGUAACAGCGCAAUCCUCGCCGGCCCCAUCAUCCAGAGCCCGAGAGCCUACAAUGGAGGUCAUCAGCGACGCUGCCACCGGUACCUCCGCCGCCAUGCCAGCCAGCGUCGUCAGCGAGCUUCUGAACGCCGCAGAGUCGAGCGUCCACAGCGCGCUGGACACCGAGCUUGCCAACCUCGAAAAUCAACUGGCAACCGUGACCUCAAAGCGAAAAGCACUCAAUGCAUCAAGCGUAGAGACCAGACAAACGAUGGAGGCCGAGAUCGCAGAGAUACAAACCGAGAUGAAGGGGUAUACGGACAGAAAGGCUAGCGCAGAGGUCGUCAGGGCCGAGCAUAAGGCGAAGAUAAAGGCGCUGGAGGACAAAAGGGAGGAAUUGCAGCAGGGCGUUGGGCACUACAAGCGGCUUUUGGCGAAGGAGACGAAACGGAACGACCAGGUAGAGGUGAAAGUAAGGGCUGCGAGGAAGAAAUUGGAGGCGUUGACGAGGGAGGUGCAGAGCGCGCCUGCCGCGGAGAUGGAGGAUUCGAAGCGGCGGCCAUUCGCUAUCGAAGUGACAGCAUCACCACCACCCACCUCAACCCCGGUCCCCGCCCACACCGACUUCCUAAAAACCCAACGCAAAGCCUGCAGCGCCCUCCGCACGCACCUCUCCACAAAAAAACGCGCCCUAACCACACUCAAAGACCACAUCGCAACCCUCCAAACCGAAGACCACCACACCGCCGCGGCACUGGACCGCACCACCCUGUACGUCAGCCUCGUGAGCGAGCACGACCGCCUGGCGGAGGAGAUCAAGGUUGAGGCCGGGCUGAAGGAACGGUUGUUGAGACGGUUUGCGGUUGUGGGUGGGGAUCAGCAGCAUCCACUGAGGAAAGCGAAUCGCGUGACACCCACCCCGCAUCCAGGGUCAGUCGCGAGCCCGAGGAUGGGGCCGCUUGACCACCACCACCAACAACAGCAACCGUGGCCUGUCGGAUCGUACCAGCAGCUCCAUAACUCGGCAUUGUAUUCCUCGGCGCCCCCGCCGUACACGCCGACCAGCACCAUUGCCACCCCGUCCCCGACGUUGAUCCAGGCGUCCCCGCCACGGGCUCCGACGCCGGGGAUGCAUCACCACCACCACUUGCAUCAUUACCACCACCAGCAUAACGCCUUCUCGUUGUUUCAGAACUCGCCGUUGAUGAUACCGCCGUUCUCUGCGGCGUCGGUGGGUAGAAAUGCGGCUACCAACAAUACGAAUACCCAUACCGCAAAUUCAACCAACAAUGCUAGUGCUAGUAGUGUAGAAGACCCGGACCCGUUUGGCUUUGGACGUGCGUUGCAUCCGGCGGGUGUUGCGGGCGGUAGGGAGGGUGGGAGUCACGUUACCCAUCAACAUGGGCAUACGAAUGGGAAUGGGGGAUUGGCGCCGAGGAGGAUUUUGUCGAGGAAGGAGCGAUGAGAUCGGGGUUUUUUUUUGGGAUAUUGAGCUAUUACCACUUCAAACUUGAGUUUUUCAAUUCCAACGAGUCUGAAACAGCAGAGUGUAUAGACCGGUCGUCAAAAAUGUGGGUAGUUUGAGAGGUGGUAUC